AAAAUUCUUAAUGAAUAGCAAUAACAAGUCAAUAUAUAAAAAUAUCGAAUUUUAAGAUGAACCUUAUUCAACUAACAAUAAAUUUGCUGUGUUUGUUCCUAAGUAAGAAAUUUCUAAACAUUCUGCAUCCUAAUAAGUUGUUUGUAAUUAAUAGUAACAAUCACCAUAAAAAUAAUUGAAAGUAGAGUUUUAAGAUGAGUAAGAAAAUCGCAAUCUUCAAAAUCAAAUGGAGUAAUAACAAAUGGAAUAAGAAUAGUAAUAAUCUUAGAGAAAUCCACCUAAAGCUGAUACUAUAAACUAAAGAAACGUAACUUAAAAUAGAUACAGAUUGUCUAAUUAAACUCCAAAAACUGCUCAUGGAAAGACUCAAUAAAAAUUUUACAGUUCUACUCCUUCUUAAAGUAUUUAAAAAUAGAGAACAUUAUAAUAAUUCAAAGAUAGUUUAUAUUUUGAUGAAAGAAUCAACAAAGUACCUAAAUCAACUAUUAGAAAUUAAAUUAUUGACAGUAUUGUUAGUGAUGCAGAUUUAUUACUUUAGAAGAGAGAGUUAAUGACAUCGAUUUAUAAAUUAAAACAACUGAAUCUAUUAAAAAACAAAGAAUUUGCAGUGUAAGCCUUGAUUAUAUUUUAGUAAUCGUCUUCCAGGAAUAGGAAAAUCAAGUUUUGUUUAUAAUGAUUACCAUACCAAGAGUACAAAUAAUGGAUACUCAAGAAAUUUCGGUGGAGUAUUUUAUACUAGAUGA